AGUGGGCGGGGCUGGCGCUAGCCGGGGAGAGGUGCUCCGCCCGCGGCGUAAACUCUACCCUGCGCCGCGGCGGAGCAGACCAUGCUCACAUUCAUGGCCUCUGACAGCGAGGAAGAGGUGUGUGAUGAGCGGACGUCCUUGGUGUCAGCCGAGAGCCCCACAUCACGCUCCUGCCAGGAGGGCAGGCUAGGCCCGGAGGAUGGAGAGAACACUGCUCAGUGGAGGAGCCAGGAGAGCGAGGAAGACUGUGAGGAGGACCCGGACCGCUAUGCCUGCAGUGGGGUUCCUGGACGACCAUCAGGGCUGGAAGAAGAGCUGACCCUCAAGUAUGGCGCGAAGCAUGUGAUCAUGCUGUUCGUGCCUGUCACGCUGUGUAUGAUCGUGGUGGUGGCCACCAUCAAGUCUGUGCGUUUCUACACGGAGAAGAAUGGGCAGCUCAUCUACACACCCUUCACUGAGGACACGCCCUCCGUGGGCCAGCGGCUCCUCAACUCCGUGCUCAACACUCUCAUCAUGAUCAGCGUCAUCGUGAUUAUGACUGUCUUUCUAGUGGCACUCUACAAGUGUCGAUGCUACAAGUUCAUCCAUGGCUGGCUGAUCAUGUCUUCCCUGAUGCUCCUCUUCUUGUUCACCUACAUCUACCUCGGGGAAGUGCUCAAGACCUACAAUGUGGCCAUGGACUACCCCACACUCUUCCUGGCUGUCUGGAAUUUCGGGGCAGUGGGCAUGGUGUGUAUCCACUGGAAGGGGCCUCUGGUGCUGCAGCAGGCUUACCUUAUUGUGAUCAGCGCACUCAUGGCCCUGGUGUUCAUUAAGUACCUGCCGGAGUGGUCUGCCUGGGUCAUCUUGGGUGCCAUCUCUGUGUACGAUCUCGUGGCUGUGCUGUGCCCCAAAGGGCCUCUGAGGAUGCUGGUGGAAACUGCCCAGGAAAGAAACGAGCCCAUAUUUCCUGCCCUGAUAUACUCAUCUGCCAUGGUGUGGACGGUGGGCAUGGCAAAGCUGGACCCCUCCUCUCAAGGAACACUGCAGCUCCCCUAUGACCCCGAGAUGGAAGAAGACUCCUAUGACAGUUUUGGGGAGCCCUCAUACCCUGAAGCCUUCGAAGCCCCCCUGCCUGGCUACCCAGGGGAAGAGCUGGAAGAGGAGGAGGAAAGGGGUGUGAAGCUUGGCCUGGGAGACUUCAUCUUCUAUAGUGUCCUGGUGGGCAAGGCAGCGGCCACCGGCAAUGGAGACUGGAACACUACGCUGGCCUGCUUCAUUGCUGUCCUCAUUGGUUUGUGCCUCACUCUUCUUCUGCUUGCCGUGUUCAAGAAGGCCCUGCCCGCCCUUCCCAUCUCCAUCACCUUUGGGCUCAUCUUUUACUUCUCCACAGACAACCUGGUUCGUCCUUUCAUGGACACGCUGGCCUCCCACCAGCUCUACAUCUGACAGGAGACAGGCGGUGGCUCUGAGAGUUGUAGGAAGCUUCACUGGAAGCAGGUGUAUAGUUUUACACUCUAGUGCCAUAUAUUUUUAAAAGAACUUUUCUUUCCUUACAAAAGAAAAAAAAGAAUGAGAAAGUGUCGUGUUUACUUCGUGAUGAGGAAGCAGAAGCCGCCCUUGCUGUCUUGUCAGCAGACUGGCUUGCCUGCCAGAGCAUCCGUGGUGCGGGGUGGGGGCGGGGGAUGCUCAGCAAGCAAGUGUAUCUUCAGGGAUGAGGUCACGUGUGUGGAUCAGGUUGGGAAGGACGCAAGCCCCAUCCGGGUCUGUAAUCCUCUAGGGCUGAGCAGAAGGAACAUCGAUGGGGACCAGGAGGCUCGGUCAGGAAGGAUGCUAGCUAGCACCAUCACCCUGACCAGAGGAGGAAAGCGGUCUGUAGUCAUGAAUGUCCCCAGUGCUGUGUUUGUGAUGUCUGUUACUUUAGUACCUUAGAAGCUGAGUCCUGUUCUUAUUUCCGCAGUGACUGCUGGGAAGUGGCUUAAUAACAAUACCAAUAAAUAGAUGUUCCUGCUGGAA